AUGGGGAAGCAAACACCCGUCAACAAGGUCAUCAUCGUUGGUGCUGGCCCUUCGGGGCUGCUGCUAGGGAUCCUUCUGGCCAAGCAAGGAGUCACGGUUCAACUCCUCGAGGCAGCUGGCGAACUCGACAAGAAUCCCCGAGCGGCUCACUAUGCUCCCUCAGCAGUUUACGAAUUGAAUCGCGCUGGAGUGCUCGACGACGUCAAGGCACAGGGAAUCCAUCCCGAUGCAGUCUGCUGGCGCCACCCCGAUGGCACGUUUAUCGCGGGUAUUCGAAGUCGCUUCGACAUAGAAUUUCCCAUGGUUUGUCUGCCUCUGGAUCAACUCGACGUCAUCCUUCUUCAGCAUUUUCUGGCUCAACCAAGCGCCGAAAUCUUGUGGCACCACAAAGUCGUCUCGAUCGACCAGGACGAUAAUGAGGCGAGGGUCCACGUCGAGACGCCGGAAGGAAAGAAGACGUUUGGCGCCGACUACAUCGUCGGUUGUGACGGGGCAAACAGCCAGAUCAGGCGGUCGCUGUUUGGUGACCUGAACUAUCCUGGGGAGACCCUCCAGAAGCAGAUCAUCGCUACUAAUGUAUAUUACGACUUCCACAAAUUCGGGUACUGGGACUCGAAUUUCAUUAUCGAUGAGAAUGACUGGUAUAUGGCAGCUCGGAUCACUCAAGACGGACUGUGGAGAGUAACGUACGGCGACGUAUGGGGGCUGUCGAACGAGGAAUACCUGGCAAGGCAGCCCGAACGUUACGAGAAAAUCCUGCCAGGAAACCCAAAGCCGGGAGAUUACAAGCUCGUCAGCGCCAGCCCGUACAAGCUACACCAACGAUGUGCAGACUCUUUUAGAGUGGGAAGAUUUUUGCUCGCCGCCGACGCUGCUCAUUUGUGCAACCCUUUCGGUGGGUUGGGUCUCACCGGCGGUAUUGCUGACGUAGGGAGCUUGUUUGAUGCUCUCGUAGCGUUGAAAGAGGGAAAGGCAGAUGAUAGCAUUCUGGACAAGUACAGCGAGGUCCGACGCAAGAAAUGGGCCGAAAUUAUUGACCCCAUGUCUCGAGCCAAUUUCCGACGUGUCUGUCUGGAGGAAGCGGAGUCGGAGAGACAAGAGUUCUGGAACUUCUGCAAGAAGAUGGAAGAGGAUGAAGAACUGGCGCGCCAGAUGGCACAGGGAACAAAUGUAUUGCGAGAGGAUUUUCGAGAGUACUUGACGGCUGGGGCGGCGUAG